AUGGAAGGUGAAAAACUUUGCAUGGAAUCCUCUCUCCUUGGAUUUGGAUCCAGAGUCAGUGCUUUUGGACCUUCCUCUGUGAAUCCUGGAGGAGCAGUCCAACAACAACUAGCCUUGCCAGUGAGGAAUGAAGUUGAACAAAGUGUGGCAAAGUUACAGAGUAACCUAGGCUUGAACAUUCAGCCUAUAGGUCCAGUUGCUCACCUAACGAGAACUCAAAGAGAAGAGGUUCCUUCCACAAGCAGAGUGCUUAUUUUUUCCCGUACAUCACCAGCCCCUGAAGGAUAUGGGCACUCUAUUGUUGAAAGCCGCAGUAACUCCUUGGACUUGCUGUCGGUCUCCAAAAAGCUCCCUGUGGAUGAUUCCUCCACACAUUUACCAGAUUCAUUGGAUUGUGACACCAGAGUAACAAGUCAGAAUGGGUCGCCUGAAUCGAGGUUCCCAAAGGACACUCAACAAUUAGCUGACAAGAUCAUGAGGGACUUUGGACUUGAAAAGGAUGACUUGAAUGCACUCCUGUCUUACCCUGAUGAUCAGACCACUGUUGAGAAUCUGCCUUCCAUCUUAGAUGAUAUCCGCAAGCAGAAAGCCAAGAGAGCAGUCACUGCUGUCAAGUCAGUACCCCAAUUUGAAUCUCAACUCACCAAAAGCAUGAGUGCAGUAGACACAAUAGGUACAUUUGGAAUGGCAGGAACACACCAGGAUGACAAACCACUAUCAAAUAAAGUGAUUGAAUAUGGAAAUACAGGAAAAUAUACAGCAGAAGCCAAGAAAGAGGUUGGAAAGACGGUUUCAAAAAGGGGUCAAAGUAUGUUGCUGAUGGACACGUUCAGUGAUGAAAACAGCAGUAGAGACCCGCAAGGAAUUGACAUAGAGUUAAAAAGAAGUUCCAUGGAUUCUUCUUGUGACCCAUUGACUUCUGUCACCACUCUCAGAAAAAUUAUUUAUGUCCAAUCAGACCAGACUUAUGAGCAAAUCCCCUUGUCUCAGCCAAAGCAUAACACGGAUACAAUUUUUACUAAAGUCUCAAAAUCAGUAUCAAACAUUCAGCCAUCCAGCAGUUCAUUCCAUGGUGUAAAUCCUAGCCUUUUGCCUAGGAGCAGUACUGAUCUUGGUUGCAAUAUUGGUCAUAGAAAAACUGAAGGCCAAGAGUCACUGGUUGGUGAGCAAAUGAGAAAAGAACAAGUGGAGAAUAUUCAACAACAACAAAGUCAACAGUAUCAAAUGCAAACACAAUCAGUAUUGCAAAUGUGGCAGGCUUUGUUUCCAGCUGCAAGUCCUUCUGUUCCUUCAGCUGCAUUCAACUCCACUGUCACAGACGCCUCGCAUCCCUUGCUGAAUUCAGUGCUUAUCCCAAGUGAUCCUUACCAAAGCAUGAAUGUUCCAUCUCAACCAGUCCCAAAUCCCACAAACAUUACUCGUACAGCAUGCUUUGAACUGCAAUCUCGGGGAAAGAAGGUACCCUCGAAAGCUGUGGCAUCUUCCGAUGGUCUACCAACACUGGCAAUGAUGCAUGAUUACGCUGCAACCAUACCCAGAGUCUUUUCACAUACCUGUUCUCUAUGUAAGACAGAAUGUACUGACAAGAAGGAUUGGAUCUCCCAUCAGAAAACCAGCCUGCAUCUGGAGAACUGCAAACUGCUCCGGGAACAAUACCCACAGUGGGAUGGGAAAGUACCGCUGCUCCACAGCCCCCUCCACCACCAAAGUUCUGCAAGCAGGAGGGAGCCCCAUGUCUACCAAGAACGAUCACCACACAGCCCCAGGCGUACUCACAGGUCGUGGUCUCGGUCCCGUUCUCGGUCUCCACGGCAUGACCACCCCACUUCGUCUCGCCGUCGAUCGCGUUCAAGAAGCCACGAAAGACGAUCCUCUCCACGAAAGAGGGGGAGGAAAAGGUUGGCCUAUCACAGCUUGUCACCGCCACCACGCAGGAGUCACGAGAGGCAUUCAUCACCAAGGAGAAGUGACGAGAGAAGCUGGUCACCAAAAAGGCGAUUCUCUCCCAGGAGACAAAGGAGAUCGUCGUCACCCAAGAGGAGCGACGAGAAGCGGCUGACGCCAAGAGGGAGCCUUGAGCGUCCAUCAUCCCCCACGCUGAGUCACAGCAAGGGGCCGUCUCCCAGGAGAGGCCGUAAAAGACAGGCUUCUACUGGAAAGGCUGUCUCUAAGAAAAAGAAAGCAUGCAGCUUAGAGCUGCUGACAAAGAAAGUCCUGGAAACGUCAGCCAUCCAGUCUCUGUCAGAACAGCCCAGCAUCGAGGAGAUGGUAAAAACUAUGGUUCCUUUCGUGCUGGCUGAGCUUGCAAAGAUGACAUCCACCUCCUCACCGUCCAAAGACACACAGGGCUCUUCAUCCUCGCCAGGGCCAGGAAAAAGUAGCGCAAGCUCUGAUGCUUCUUCAUCUUCUCCGUCCACCUCAAUGAAAGCGAAGCCUCAUCGUCAGAAGAGCAAGACAAGUUCUCAUCCACAGCCUAAGCUCUGUAAGACCUCACCUCCAACCAUGCUGAAGCUCAGAGGAAUUUCUGAUACACUCUGUCGCAGUGAUGUGGUUUCUGCCAUGGAGGACUAUGGAAAAACCAAGUCGGUUGUGUUUUUGAAGUCAAAAAGAGAGGCAGCCGUGUGUUUUGAGAGAGGGGAGGAUGCAGAGAAACUGAGGAGCCUAAAGACCCUCAAAGUGAAAGGCGUUUCACUCGCCAUCGUCACAGAAAAGGGCCAUGUUCCUGAGAGAGCUCCGUUGUCUUCUGCAGCAGAGCAGGAGAAGCCUCCUCAGCCAAAAGCUGCUGUGUCAUUUGGCACCACAGCUCAGACCAAAGAGGCUGGUUCUGGUGGAGGUCUCACUGUCUUGCCGCUUAAAAAGCUUUUGUCCAUAAAGAGUAACUCCAGAAACACUUCAGCAGGCAAACGCCUGACAAACACAAAGGUUUUGGUUUCAAAAGCGAAGAGUGUCUCCAAGAAAGCCAAAUGCAGAAGUUUAAAAAUAGGCAACACCCUGACGAAAGGAGUAAAGCUUCCUCUGGUAAAAAAGAAAACAACAACCAAACCAAAAUCAGAAGUUAACACAAAAAAAUCUGCGAUGGCACCCAUAGUCAACACAGAGGUGAAGAAUUUGCCAGACAUGACCUUUUCUGAACCAGCAGAAGGAACGGAAGUGGUUGCAGAGGCAGAAGUAGCAGGUUCAAAAGCAGAAACUGCCACAACUGAACAAAAACCUAAGGCGGAGGAAGCUGUGAGGGGUGAAACGCAUGAAAAACCUGCUCAGCGUUUGGCUUCCAGGGAAGGGGGAGCCAUUGAAUCCAGUGAGAGUUACCCACCAAGCAGCAAAGGAACAGAAACAUCCAAAUCUACAGCAUCAGAAAAUCAGCCAGUUACCUCUGAGUCCUUGAAGGCCAAACAUUGCGAACCAGAGGCUAGAGACACUAAAGGAACAUCCAAGGUGGACAUCACAGGAAAAUCAGCGGCUUCUGAAGCCGAGCAGCAGCCUGAGCUUGACGUGAAGACCACAGAGGUUAAAGGUCCGGCACUGUCAGAGUUUGGGAAAACGCAAGCGUUGGAAAGCUCUGCUGUGGGUGAGGGAGGCGAGCAGGAAGAGGCAAAGCCCAGCGAGAAUUGCCCACCAGCCCGUCCAGCUGAGACCACACCACACAUACCUGCAGCUGAUCCACCUCUGACACAACAGACCACCACUCCAAAAACCUGGGACAGGACUUCUUUGCAGGUCCCGGAGAGCAGGGCGCCAGAUAAAAAGACAGCAGCAUCACAGCCGCUGGCAGCUGGGGCUGCUUUGAAGGCAAAGGGGACUGCUGGAGGAGCAGUGACCACAUUAAAUCAAACGGGUUCUGCGACUGCUGCCAAAACCCAGAAAAAUCCAGCGCUGAAAUCUACAGGCAGCGUUUCAGCCGCCCCAGCAUGUGCUCCAACGUCACAGAGCCGGAGAGCGCUGCCCGCCGCUCUGACUGCUGGGGAGACCAUGCAGUGGUAUUUGAAGCCACAACGCAUCAACUGUGUUUUACCCAACAGUGUCCUGGCCUCCAGGCCCUUUACUCGAGACUCAACACUUCUGUUGAUCACCAACCUUCCAAAGUUUGAACAUGGGGCAUACACAGAGGCCGACCUUGUAAACCUCCUUUGCAAUUUUGGCUUUGAGUACGCGCACGACAACAUCUUCGUCAUACCUCAGACGUCCAUGGCGUUUGCUCUCAUGCCGAACGUGAGGACUGUGAAGGACAUUAUCAGAGCGUCGCUCCAACGGCAAAUCCACUUCAUAAACCAGACCAUCUGUUUGAAUGUUGUGAAGAGUGAAAUUUCGAUGACGCCGAUGGGGUUUUAUAAGUCUCUGAUGAACCUGACGCCUUUUAGGACAGAAGAUGACGGAACGAGUACCGUGUACAUCCAGAACAUCUCGCCGGAUGAGGUCAGAAAUCUCAAAGAUACUUUGAGAAAAAUUGGCUCUGUGAGAAACUACCUGCCUCUGCUCAACAAGGUCUUUGUUGAAUUUGAGACCGUCUAUGAUGCCGAUCGGCUGGGAAUUUGGUACAGUCUGCUAAGGCGCGGCCAUCACCACAAAGUCGACAGGUUGAAAUUACCGCGGUGCUCCAAAAGAGCAAAACCACCUAAACUGCCAACAAACGCAGUCCCGGACAAAAAGGACCUCAUUCCCGGGGCAGAAAUAUACACCACAAAAUUUGGCAUUCCUCAGGGCACCACCCCACCAUUUUGGAUCACCAUGACGACCAGUCCCUACCUGUUCCCGACUGUGUCUCCCUGGUUUGACUUUCCAGACUUUAUGACAAUCCAAAAAAUGGAUUACAUUAAGCAAGUUCACCAUCCGGGCUCUAAGUUCUCCACUAUUAUGAUGACGGGUCUGCCAGAGGGGGACUACACGCACAAGGACAUUGCUAAGCUGGUGUGGCGUUACUUUCCCAAGCAGACUCUGAAUUCUCUGAACUACAACCUGCUGGUCCUCCCGCUGCAGAGGAGGGCCUUUGUGUAUUUCUGUGACCGGGACGCAUGCUGCAGUUUUGUCCAAGAUCACAUUAAAAGUCCAGUUUCUGUCAGAGGCUUGAAGCUCAGCAUCCACUUCAUCUUGGAAGACAUGCAUCCCGGAUCCAGCGAGGAGGUCAUGUACAGAAAUCUGAUGAAAUGGAGCAACACAAACGUUCUGGCGGUGGAAAGUCUGGAAGAGCGGCUGCUCUGUGUGGAGAUCUCGGAGACGAACGUGGACCUGAUCAAGAUGGUUGCGAAUGAGGUGGCGUCCAUUGCCUCUUUCGUCAACUUCCUACCUUUGGCCAACAGGAUAUGCAUUGAGAUGUUUGAAUCCAGUGGUGUAACAAAGGUGGUGAUGGAAAUAGUCUCGAGGAAGGAUUUAACUACUCACAAAUUGUGGAGCAAAGUUAAACGUGUUGAGAGUCUGAGGACCCUAAAACAGCGUUUACAAGACUCAGGGGAGAUCACAAUAGACUUAGAAGUGGAGGCUCCCCCUACUAAACCUUCUGAUUAUGGAGCACAGCCGGCUUCUGCUGAGUCAACUGCCUCUGUUGAGCCCAGCAUUUCUAAACCUGAAGUCGCGUCCGAGGAUGGAGGAGCCGGGGCACAUGUCACAGAAAAUGCAGCAGAGGCCAUAAACGUGUCAAUGUUGCCAACUUCAGAACCUGCCGUGCCACAAGGAAAUGGAACAGCCUCUCAGAUAAAGCAGCAGGUGGGACUUGUUGAAGGUGAUUUAUCAAAAGAUUUCAAAGAUGGUGAACCGCAGGGGCUAAAGAGGAUGGAACCCAUGGAAACCGAACCUUCUGCCAAGCGCACAGGCAAAAAGCUGAUGAAUCUUGAGGGGAACACCACAGCCGUCAUCAACAAGCCCCUAACAGUGAAAAGUGGAACUCGGCUUCUGCCCUCCAAAACCUCCGAUAAAGCACAACCUGCUCUCCAAACCAGCAGCCCUGCUUCUGCUCAGCCAGCUGCCUCAGCCGGACCCAAACCUUCUAAAUCCAUCACACCAGCACUGAGAGGCACAAGCGACGCAUCAGGGAAGAAGACCGCCGAGACAGUGGGAACUCCCUCCACUGCUCCUCAGACGAGUGAGGAUAAAGAGAAAACAGAAACGAGAGGCAAAGGGGCAGAAGAACCCGGCGCCGUCUCUGCUCCAAAAGCAGUUCAAACUGGUGGAGAGAGGUCAGCUGAAGUGGGAGCCGGGACGAAGCAAAAGGCUGAAGGAACUGCUACAAAGACAGCAUCAGUUAUGCACAAAGGGCAAGAUGAAGCCGCUGAGGAGGCCAACAAGACAAUCGGGAAGAAGCUAAUAAAACCCCAACAAAAAGAUGCUGUGGCUGCUAUAAGAACUCCCGCAACUCCAGCACCUAAAGCUGCCAGCAGUGCCUCAGCAGCAGGUCCCAGCCUGCAGCCAGCUCUGACGGCUUCCCCAUCAGCCGACGAAUCCGCCCUGACUGUUGGAGAGAGGAUAGGAAGCCUCCUGGACGCAAAUAAACUCUAUUAUCUCAGUAUGAAAAUGAUUUUGUCUCCUAAAAACUUUUCAACUCACAGAAGGCUGAUCUUAAUCACCAAUCUGCCAAAAUAUACUGACGGCUGCUACACGGAGGCUGAUAUUGCCAACCUGCUCCAUCAGUUUGGAUUUCAUUAUUUGGAUAAAAACAUCUUCGUUAUCCCUCAGGCGUGCAUGGCUUUUGUGCUCAUGCCAAACUUUGAAAGUGUGCAGCAAGCCUUCAAAGCUUCGAAGAAUAAUCACAUUACCCUCAAUGGAUUUCCACUUGUCCUGCGUGUUGUGUGCAGCAAAAUAUUAAUGUCACCACGCGUAAUUGAUGACGGAGUGAGCAUAAUUUACAUCAACAACAUCACGUGGAACGAGACCAGGGAGCUCAGGACGGUUUUGAAAAAAAUCGAUUCUGUCAGAAACUACCUGCCACUGCUUAACAAGGUGUUUAUUGAGUUUGAGUCGAUCCGUGAUGCAGAUAGGCUGGGAGUUUGGUACAGCCUCCUUAAGCAUUGCCCUGCCAAUAACGUCUACAGGAUGAGAUUGCCACACAGUGUCAUAGCACCACCACCUCGACUGGCUGCCAAAGCUCUGCCAGACAGCAGUAACAUUGUGAGCGGAGUGGUAGCCCCAACCACAACGUUUGGGGUUCCGCAGGGCAGCGCAGCUCCAUUUGCUGUCACCUUAAGGAUGCAUCCUUUUGUGUUUCCUACCCUUUCUCCAUGGUUCAUCAUCCCGAAUUUUCUGACAGUCAGGAACAAGAUGGACAUUUGGAAAGCCGGCACUUGGGCCUCUAAAGCAUUCACAAUCAUGUUGACGGGUCUCCCGGGAAGAAACUACACACACCAGGAUGUCGCUAAACUCGUGUGGCGUUAUUUCCCCGAACAGAACCUCCACACUCUCUAUUACAGCGUGCUGGUCCUGCCGCUGCAGAAGAGGGCCUUUGUGUAUUUCAACAGCUACAAAUCCUGUUACAGUUUUAUCGAAGAUCAGAGCAGAGCUCCACUUUCUGUUAAAGACUACGUAUUGAGCACCCACCUGGUUUUAGAGCAAAUGGAUGCUGCACUGAGUGAGGAGAUCAUGUACAGAUCAAUGAUGAAGUGGAGCAAUUCUCAUGUCCCAGAGCUGGAGUCCCUGGCAGAGCGUCUUUUGUGUGUGGAAAUAUUUGAGACAUCCAUACCGAUCAUCACCAUGGUCAUGAAAGCUGUGGUGUCAAUCGCGCCCUUUGUGAGCUUCCUGCCACUCUCCAACAGGAUUUGCAUUGAGAUGGCUGAAUCGAGUGGUGUAAGUGAGGUAGUGGAAAAGAUCGCUCAUGUAUCAGCACCUAAAGAAUGGAGUAAAGUUGGACAUGUGGAAUCUGUGAAGAGUCUCAAACAGCGCCUUCAAGACUCAAAUGAAAUCACAAUCAACCUUGAGGGGAACACCACAGCCGUCAGCAACAAGCCCCUAACAGUGAAAAGUGGAGCUCAGCUUCUGCCCUCCAAAACCUCCGAUAAAGCACAACCUGCUCUCCAAACCAGCAGCCCUGCUUCUGCUCAGCCAGCUGCCUCAGCCGGACCCAAACCUUCUAAAUCCAUCACACCAGCACUGAGGGGCACAAGCAACACGUCAGGCAAGAAGAACACAGAGACAGUGGGAACUCCCUCCACUGCUCCUCAGGCGAGUGAGGAUAAAGAGAAAACAGAAACGAGAGGCAAAGGGGCAGAAGAACCCGGCGCCGUCUCUGCUCCCAAAGCAGUUCAAACUGGUGGAGAGAGGUCAGUUAAAGUGGGAGGAACUGCUACAAAGACAGCAUCAAUUAUGCAAAAAGGGCAAGAUGAAGCCGCUGGAAUUUUGAACGCUAAAAAUGUCAAUGAACCCUCUGUAAAUCUCAAAGACGCUGACAAUAUAAGCACAUCCUCUCAAAUGAAGCAACAGGCAGGACCUGCCAAAGUCCUACAGUCAACAACAACCAGUGCAGCGAAGACCACAGCCAAUCAGCCUCCACCCGCUUCAGCUACUCCACCUCAGAGACCGCAGAGCACCACCAAAACUCAGGAGCCCUCGGCGAAAGCUCCCCCACCGGUCCAUCAAACUGCCAAGCAAAAGGCAGGAUCCACUGCACAGGAACAGAGUAACAAGACUCCCCAGAGUCCACAGCAGCCGGCCGAGGCUGCUCUGAAGGCCAAAGAGCCUCAGCUCUCCACAAACGGGGGACAGAAGGCUUUGGGAGGAGAUGGUAAAGUUUCAGCUGUGGCGACUGGACAAACUGCAUCCUGCAAAGCCGCAGCUGCUGCUGCAGCUAGUAACAAGAAGCCCCCCGCUGCAGCCGCCAGCACUCCCCUGACUCCAGGGGAGAGGAUCAAAAGCCUACUGUCCCCCAAACAAUUCAGCCUGCCAGAGCACAACAGCGGCUUCUACACGGAGGCUGAAUUUGUCCGCUGCCUCGGCAAAUAUAAAGUUCACUGUGAUGGCGACACAAACAUGAUCAUUCCUGAGUUGCGUAUGUUUGAUUUUUAUCGACGACUGAUGAGGCUGGUCAAGUAUGGGACGAACGACGAUGGAACAAGAACUGUCUACAUCCAGAACAUCACGCCCAGUGAGACCAGUGACCUCCGGAAAGCUUUGUGUAAAAUGGGCACGGUAAAAAACUUCCUGCCUCUUCUCAACAAGGUUUUUGUUGAAUUUAAGUCGUGCAUUGAUGCCGAUCGGCUCGGAGUCUGGUACAGCCUCCUGAAGCGACAACUUUCCCACAAGGUCUACAGGAUGAAGGCUCCGAAGAGCUUACUCCCAACCCAACCACCAAGGGAGCCUGCGUGGGCUAUGCCAGACAGCAGUGAUGUUGUUGCUGGGGCCACCCCCCCAACCGCCAAAUGUGGUGUUCCAGAUGGCAGCUGUCCACCGUUUUGGAUCACCAUGACAGCUAGUCCUUAUAUCUUCCCAACCGCGUCUCCUUGGUUCAAUAUUCCAGGUUCAGAAUUCUUCACAAUCAUGCUGACUGGCUUACCGGAUGAGACGUACACACACGAGGACGUGGCCAAGCUGGUGUGGCCUUUUUUCCCCGAGCAGAAUCUCCACGCUCUGUACUACAGAGUGAUGGUCCUUCCACUGCAGAGGCGGGCAUUUGUGUAUUUUAGUCAGUGGGAUAUGUGCUGCAGAUUCAUCCAAAAUCACCUUCAAAGUCCAGUUUCUGUUAACGGCAGCAUCCUCAACAUCCACUUGGUCUUGGAGAACAUGGACCCUGGAGCCAGUGAGCAUGUUUCAAACCUUGAGUCUUUGAAGGAGAGGCUGCUGUGUGUGGAGGUCUCGGGGGUGGAUGUGGUCCUCAUCAUGGCCGUCAUGAAAGAGGUGGCGAGCAUGGCCUCCUUUGUCCGCUUUCUGCCGCUUUCCAACAGGAUCUACAUUGAGAUGGCUGAAUCCAGCGGCGUGACCAAAGUGGUGGGGAGCAUCUCAGCACCCAAAUUGUCUGAACAGUGUGAGGCCUGGUACGUGCGGACCUUCUGUCAGAGCCGGAAACAACGCCUACAAGACUGUGAACAGAUUGCAGUAAACCUCAAACAGGGCACCAUAGGUGUCCAGGCCAAGCCCUCUAAAACCAAAAGUAAGCCCUCACAACCACACCCCGCUCCCCAAAGCAGCGCUCCCGCUCCACCGCCGCCAGCGGCCCGAGCAGGAGCGGCCGUCUCCAAAGCUGCCACGUCCAAACUGAGGAGCACCGCUUCAACUGUCUCAGAGGAGACACCAACGUGCCCCCCUCUGACGGCUGCUGGUGGGCUGAAGCCUGCCGAGGACGUCACAGAGCUCCCUCAGAUUGACCAGGACAGCUUCAACGCCAUUAAAGCCGCUGUUCACCAGUACAGACUCACACGAGAAGGCGCAUCACCCAGCAAAGUCCAGGAGGUGAUCGUGGUUAUCGACCACAUGAUUCCCAACCAAAGCACCACCGGCUGCUCUGGAAGCUCUCAGCAUGAAGACGCAUCACCAAGAAAGACUUUGGAUAGUCAGGCAGCCGUUGCCCCCUCAGACAAUUUUGAUGAGGAAAAUUUAAACCUGGGAGACUUCGUCACUCUGGACGAGAUCAGCGAGGACACACAGAGCACAGCAGCUGACGGCAGCUACCCUUCACAUGCGCAGCCCUCCUGUGAAAAAGACGAGGUUGCAUCAUCCGCCGUGUCAUCCGCCGCCAAAGACUCAAAGGGUUUGCUCUUGAACGCAGACAGUUCAAAGAAUGAAGACACAACGCAAGUGGAGGAAAUCGAGCGGCAAAUGGAGGACGGCGAGGACAGUGUGGUGAAAGUCUUUAUGGUGGUGGACUCUGCAGAGGAGGAGUCUAUUCAGGAGACAUCAGCCACAGAAAGGUCCAGCAGAAGGAGAACCGCUAGAGAACUCAAAGGGACCCCACCUGACAUGGCCACAGCCGUCAUCACAAAACCCACCAGAACAGCUCAGAAAGAAAGUGGCAGAGAAGAAAAAGAAGAGACCCCGAAAAGAGGGCGGAACACAGCUGCCAGAGAAUUCCCAAGUCAAAAGGGAGCUGCGCCUACAGGAAGUACAGACACUAACGGUGAAAGUGGCAUAAAUGAGGAUAAAGCUUCCCUUGAAACUGUGGAUAUCGUUGAGGAGGGAGAGACUCAACAGAAGGAGGAGGAAGGGACCACACCCAGGAGAAGAGGCAGACCCAGAAAGAGAAGCAGAGAGCAGACACCUGUUAGGAGAUCUAUUAGAGGGAAAAAAGCAGCCGGCUCCGACCUCGAGGCACCACAUGUGGAGGAGGAGGAGGAAGAAAAUAAAGGCCUGAACAAAAAGAAGAUAAAACUUGGACCUGAAACUAAGCACUGUAGCUCUCAGUCACCUGAAGCAGCUGCUGUCUUCACACCGCCGGCGUUCAACCCUAAAACGCCCUGUGUUCCAUACCUGAACGACGGCCCCACCGAGGACGCGCACUGCAAAAGCCAGAAACACUACGACAACCUGCAG